UCUCUCCUCCGCUCUAUGGCAGCUGCGGUCGGUUUCCAAGGCCUCUCCGUUGGGUUUCCGGGGUGAAAGGGCGCGCGCGGGGCGGGCUUUCCGGGCCGCUGCCGUCAUGGCGAGCUGCUCGUCCUCCGGCAACUUGAACGCCGUGAGGGAGACGAUGGACGUGCUGAUGGAGAUCUCGCGGCUGCUCAACACCGGCCUGGACGCGGAGACGCUCUCCAUCUGCGUGCGGCUGUGCGAGCAGGGCAUCAACCCCGAGGCCUUGUCCGCCGUCAUCCGGGAGCUGCGCAAGGCGUCCGAGGCCCUGAAGGCUGCUGACAAUAUGACAAAUUAAAUCAAGAAGAUUGUUUUUCACUGAGAUGAAGCUUCUGGGAAAUAGAAGAUUUUUGUUGAAGAUGUUGGUUAUUGGUUGUGUAAGUUUCUCAGAUGUUGUAAACAUACAGUGCUUUUUAAAUACCUACUAACCAACCAACUUUCAAAAUGCAUUUUCUAUCUUUGUUGCAUAUGAUUUAAAAGUCUUGAAAUUAUUUGUUAACAAACACAAACAUUUGUUUUAUUGUCCCAGUUGAAGCAUGUGCCUCAUAUUUGAUAAAAUGUUGAAUGUAUCAUUCAGAUGUAGCCAAUAGGCUUAUUGUUAGAAGGCAGACUUCUGCAUGAAAGAGUUCGCUGUGGUGGAUUAAUUUGUAAAUAAAUAAUGGUAUUUAUUUCCUACAUGUU